AUGUCUACCAACUUGUUGAAAUUUUAUUUCAAUAUCGAAUUCGUACAACCAGACUACGAAGUCCAGCGUGAAAUGCGCGACCCCCAGUCGUACUGGUACCCACCGACAGACCCAAAUGGCGUUUCCGUUGUGGCAACAACUGGAUGGAGAAAAUGGGACGCUGGUUCAAUCACCCAGGCACGUGUGCCUGGGGGUAUCAAUGUCCAAGAAUGUUCUCUCUUUUAUGAUUCCGAAAGGGAUAUUUUCCUGGGAGUGCCGUUUAACUGCAAGAAAACUAGUGUGGAAAAAGAGAUUAGAACUACGGACGAGGCGCAUGGCUGGAGAAGACUUAUGUUCAAACAUCUGGAACCCAUAGACUCCGGUGAUCAUUUAUCAGUUCUUGCCUUCGAUGCUGCAUUUAAUGUCUUUGCCGCUCCGGGAUCCCCAAGAUGGAUGCCAGAACUUAUGCCAUAUACCUACGACUACAAUAAUCUGGAUAUUUAUGUCCCCGGACAGACAGCUCUUGCUGGAAACCUGGCUCUCUUGCUUGGAUUGGCAGCUUUUAGCGGCCCUUUUCCUGAACGCAGUCUUGACGUCGAGCAGUCGUUGAAUGCGAUCCGAGCAUUCAGGCCUCCUCAUUGGGUUCCUCAUGGAAUGAAAAGUCGAAGGCCUCAUAGCCGAGGGGUUAUCGUCUCCAUCAGGGGUGUCGGAGGCAACGAGGCGGUGCUGGACAAGUGGGCACGGGGAGAUUUGGGUCCGUUGAUCAACCCAUGAUCAAUAGUCCUAUAUCAUGCAUUACCAA